GGGGCAGGGGCCGCACAGCCCUGGUGUCAGCAGCAGCAGCAGCAGGGAGUGUCCCCUGCGCAGAUUGGCCCAGCUGGAGCUGAGCAAUGCCAGAGCUGCUAUAAAAGCCCUGCCUGGGCCAGACUGGACCAAGCAGUGCCCUGGCCACCUUCUCCUCCUCGGGAACAAGGAGCAGCCUCGCGUCCCACGCCAAGAUGUCCUGCUACGACCUGUGCCCACCCCGCACCAGCACGGACCUGUGCCCACCCAGAACCAGCGUGGCUGUGCCCCAGCCCAUCGCUGAGAGCUGCAACGAGCUGUGCGCCCGCCAGUGCCCCGACUCCUCUGCCUUCAUCCAGCCACCGCCCGUGGUGGUCACCUUCCCCGGCCCCAUCCUCAGCUCCUUCCCCCAGCAGGCCGUGGUGGGCUCCUCCGGAGCACCGGCCUUUGGCGGCUCCCUGGGGCUGGGCGGCCUCUACGGCGCCGGCGCCACCCAGGCCUCGGGGGGCCUCUGCACCUUUGGCAGAGCCUCCGCUGCUGCCGCCUGCAGCCCCUGCGCCUUGCCCCGCUACAGCAGGAGGCUCUGGGACACCUGCGGGCCCUGCUAGAGCCACCACCAACAGCCCCAGACCCCCGCCGCCGCCUCAGCCCAGCCUGGAGAAGUUGAGCUCUGCACAAGCUGCCCUGGCCUCCUGCAGCCCGUGACACCCGGCCUGCCCGGGGCCUGCCCCCCGUCCCCAUCCCUGCCUCUCCUGCCCUUCUUGGCACAAUAAAGUUUUCCUGCAUCCAA